GGCGGGAGCGCUAGGAAGGGACUGAAUCUGCCACAGCCGGAUUCGGAGGGCGAGGGGAUGGAUCAAAGGGGUGCGAACAGAAACCGCUUCAGAUAGCAGAGCCGAGAACGGUUGCAGUUCAUUGGCUGCAAACUUAUCAUCGUAAAAAUUCCCCCCUCAUGUCCGUUUUAAAAUUCGGCGGUGUUUCCGACGGGCGCAUGGAUCAGCGGUUAAGAUUGAACCUCUGUAGAGAUGUCCAAGCAACAGCCUGCUCAGUUUCCCAAUCCAGAAACACCUGGUUAUGUUGGGUUUGCAAAUCUUCCCAACCAGGUUCAUCGGAAGUCUGUGAAAAAAGGCUUUGAGUUCACCCUUAUGGUAGUAGGUGAGUCUGGACUGGGAAAAUCUACUCUAAUAAACAGCCUAUUCUUAACAGACCUGUAUCCAGAAAGGAUAAUCCCAGGAGCAGCUGAGAAAAUUGAAAGGACUGUGCAGAUUGAAGCUUCAACUGUUGAAAUUGAAGAAAGGGGUGUAAAGCUCCGCCUGACUGUUGUGGACACUCCAGGAUAUGGUGAUGCUAUCAAUUGUCGAGACUGUUUCAAAACUAUCAUUUCCUAUAUUGAUGAGCAAUUUGAACGCUAUCUUCAUGACGAGAGUGGUUUGAACCGACGGCAUAUUGUAGAUAAUCGAGUUCAUUGCUGUUUCUAUUUCAUUUCACCAUUUGGACAUGGUCUCAAGCCCUUGGAUGUUGAGUUCAUGAAGGCUAUACACAACAAAGUGAAUAUUGUGCCUGUAAUUGCAAAAGCUGAUUCUCUUACUCUGAAGGAGCGAGAGAGGCUGAAGAAAAGGAUUUUGGAUGAAAUUGAAGAACAUAGCAUCAAGAUUUAUCACUUGCCUGAUGCGGAAUCUGAUGAAGAUGAAGACUUUAAAGAACAGACCAGACUUCUGAAGGCCAGCAUUCCAUUUUGUGUAGUGGGAUCCAAUCAACUUAUUGAAGCCAAAGGUAAAAAAGUCAGAGGUCGACUCUAUCCAUGGGGAGUUGUUGAAGUGGAGAAUCCAGAGCACAAUGACUUCUUGAAAUUAAGAACUAUGCUAAUCACCCACAUGCAAGAUCUCCAGGAAGUAACUCAAGACCUUCAUUAUGAAAACUUCCGUUCUGAAAGACUUAAGAAAGGUGGCAGGAAGGUAGAGGAUGAAGAAGUGAACAAAGAUCAAAUCUUGCUGGAAAAGGAAGCCGAACUCCGUCGCAUGCAAGAGAUGAUUGCAAGGAUGCAGGCGCAGAUGCAGAUGCACAAGCAAGGAGGUGGAGGAGACAGUGGUAUGCUCCAUGGGCACAAAGUCUAAAUGAUUGAUACUUCAUUAACUGGAGCCAUUUGAGACUUGAGUUGCAAUGAUGUAGUCUGUGGAGAGAAAUUCAUUAUUCUUCAGUGACUUAGGAGUUCCAUUUGCACUUGUUAUGCAAAUACAUCGUGGUCAUUUCUUAACGUCUGCUUUGUAAACAAUUUUGAUUUUGUCAAUAUUUUAGUUCUGUGAUGUAUUGUGACGGUUUUACUCACUACUCUUUUACUGAUCAAGCUGAUUUUAUUACAACCGUGUAUACCAAUAUUUAGAUUUUUACUAAAGUAACCUAAUAUUCAUGUAAUGUCAUGGAUUAUUACUACUAUUAAUGAUUUGUUUGUGGGGAGGGUUGCACUGAGAGAUCAACUGACUUUAGUUACAGUGCCAGAGUGUGGUUUGGACUUCCUGCAUAGCCUUCCCUGACAUUUGGCAUGGCUUAAUACACAAGUCAAAACAACCCUCUUUUAAAUCACCAUCUCCGAGGUAGCCAAAGCUAUUGGUCACAUAAUAUCAGUGCUGAGAUAUUUUGUUGGGGAAAACUAUGAAGAAAGUCUGAAUGUCCACACGGGCCUUGGGAUGGAGAUCUUUGCACAUGAGCUGUCAAACAGCAAGUGACAAAAUGGGUAAUUGGUCAGUGCCAUUUUUAUCUAAUGACAUAUAGGAUUGCGUGCCUGUGUAACACUCUGAGCUGCUCUGCCUUUCUAAGGCUUUUAUUUCAUCAACUUAAGUACUACACAUGUCCCUUUUCACAAAAAAAGCAGUAUUAAGUAUUAAAGGCUUUACAUCACAUCUUCAGGGACAUACUUUCUGUAAUCUUCAAACACUGCUUUAAAAAAACCAACCCCUUUCAAGUAUGUGGAGAGAAGGUGUUUUCAUAAUCAAGAGAAUAGAUCUUAAUCUAAGUCACCUUGCCACUCAGCCCCAAAUUGUCCAGAUGUGAGUAUUUGCAUUGCACUUUUCUGUGAAAUUAUUUUGUAAAGGCAGUUUAAACUAUCACAUUUACAAAAUGAGGGGAAGUCAAUAGAUCACAGAGCAAAACUAAACUAUCAUGCCACUUAGUCUUCCAACUUGAACAUGUAUAACCAGGGCUUUUUUUCUGGGAAAAGAGGUGGUGGGUUGCCC